UGUAAACCCGCCCCUCAGUGGGAACGCUUAUGCCGCGUGUGUGCUGAUAUUAUUCUUAUGUGAAGAGAGGAGAGGACUAGGCUCUUUCUCUCUAAACUUUGAAUCCUGAUCUUAUUGCAUGAAAAGCUUACAUAAUCCCUGCAACUGCCUUCUCUCUCAGUGGUAAAGAACAUGGCACACAACAGCUGCAUUGACAAAGAUGCAUGGGAGUCUCACAACAGGAUGCUGCAGGAAGCACUCAGCAUCAAUGAUCCUGAGAUAUUUGAGAUCAUUAAGAAGGAAAAGAAGAGACAGACGAAUGGUUUAGAGCUCAUUGCAUCUGAGAACUUCACAAGUCGGGCUGUUUUGGAGGCGCUGGGCUCAUGCAUGAACAACAAGUAUUCAGAAGGAUAUCCUGGCCAGAGAUACUAUGGUGGCACGGAACAUAUAGAUGAACUGGAGCGUCUCUGUCAGCAAAGAGCACUGAAGGUUUACGGUCUUGACCCGGAGAAAUGGGGUGUGAAUGUGCAACCUUAUUCUGGGUCACCUGCCAACUUUGCUGUGUACACCGCAGUAGUGGAGCCUCAUGGGAGGAUCAUGGGUCUGGAUCUCCCUGAUGGUGGACACUUGACCCAUGGAUUUAUGACGGACAAGAAAAAAAUUUCAGCCACCUCCAUUUUCUUUGAGUCGAUGCCGUACAAGGUCAACCCAGACACUGGUUACAUCGAUUAUGACCGACUAGAGGAAAAUGCUCGUCUGUUCCACCCAAAACUGAUCAUUGCAGGUACCAGCUGCUACUCGCGUAACCUGGAUUAUAGUCGUCUGCGGAAGAUAGCGGAUGAUAAUGGGGCUUUCCUGCUGGCUGAUAUGGCACACAUUAGUGGACUCGUUGCAGCCGGAGUGGUUCCAUCUCCCUUUGAUUACUGUGAUAUUGUUUCCACAACGACCCAUAAGACCCUGAGAGGCUGCAGAGCAGGAAUCAUCUUUUACAGGAAAGGCGUGCGCAGUGUGGAUGCAAAAACCGGGAAAGAAACUCUGUACAACCUGGAGAGUUUGAUCAAUCAGGCUGUGUUUCCUGGGCUGCAGGGAGGACCUCAUAACCAUGCCAUUGCAGGAGUGGCUGUAGCAUUGAAGCAGGCACUGACUCCAGAGUUCAAGGUCUACCAGUUACAAGUGCUGGCAAAUUGCAAGGCUUUGUCAGCAGCUCUGAUGGAAAAGGGCUACAAAAUUGUGACCGGAGGUUCUGAUACUCAUCUGAUCUUGCUUGACCUCCGUCCAAAUGGAACUGAUGGUGGAAGGGCGGAGAAGGUGCUGGAGGCAUGUGCGAUUGCUUGUAACAAGAAUACCUGCCCAGGUGAUAAGAGUGCCUUGCGCCCAAGCGGUCUCCGUUUAGGCUCUCCUGCUCUCACGUCACGAGCGCUAGUGGAGGAGGAUUUCCGUGUGGUUGCAGAAUUUAUUCACAGAUGCAUUCAGUUAACGAUUGAGAUCCAGACAAGCAUGAACCCCAAAGCCACUCUGAAGGAGUUCAAGGAAACAUUGGCUCAGGAGGAAAAAUACCAAAAGAGAAUCGCAGAAAUCCGAGCUGAAGUUGAGGCUUUUGCUGGAAAGUUUCCCAUGCCUGGACUGCCAGAACUAUGAGUCUAAUCCUCAUUCUCUGUUCUGAUACCUGAGCUUUAACUGCAAUAUCCAAUGACAUCUGCCACACAUUGUAUAGUGUGAAUAAAUGUGCAUGCAAAUCAACAAAAGAAAAAAAAACAGUAGUGAAUUGUGUAUGACUCAGGCGUGAAAUAAAAAAAAUUUAAUAGGAA